UGAGAGCCGCUGUCUCAUUUCAACACCGGCCGGGCGGUACACUGCAGCAGCAUUCCCUCGCUAUUAGCAGAGGGGAGAAUUCGGGGGGAAAAAGUGCCAAUUAUUUAUCACUUAUAGUAUUUUCUGGAAACCGUUCAUACUUUUUCCCUCCUUCUCUCCAUUGGCGCGGAGAGAGAAGUUUAAAGCGCUGCUGCUGCUGUUGAAGGGACGCUGUGUCCGCUGUUGGACGCUUCCCGGUCGCAUCUCCCUCUUCUUCGUGUUUUUUUUUUUCAAUCUUUUUGGGGGGAAAGUUAACCUCGACUUCAGUGAAGUUACUUCCUGUAUUCCUGUGGGACAGCACAUCCAGACGGCAGCAUGACGCGGAGAUCUUGUGCCAUUUACGCCACCGGCAUCGUGUGCGCUCACCUCCUGAUCGUGGGGAUCGCCCUGCUCGUGGCUCAAGUCUUUCAAACAAUGAUCCACAACCGGUUAAAAAAGGAACUUACACUGACAGAGAAGAGCCAGGUUUUUGAGUCAUGGAAGAACCCCCCGCCCCCUGUUUACAUGGAGUAUUACUUUUUCAAUGUGACCAAUCCUGGAGAGUUUGUGGCUGGCAAGAGGGCAUCGGUUAAACAAAUUGGACCUUACACUUACAGGGAAUACCGGCCUCGUGAAAAUGUCACUUUCCUAGAGAACGGCACCAAAGUUUAUGCACUGAACCCCAAAACUUUUGUCUUUGUGCCUGAGAAGUCAGCUGGUGACCCUAAGGUUGACAUCCUGACGACUGUCAACAUUCCAUAUGUGGCGGUGAUGAAUGAGUUGAACUCCUACUCUUUCUUUUUGCGAAGCUUCGUGUCCAUGUACAUGAACAGCCUGGGAGUGGAGCUGUUCAUUAACCGCACGGUGCACGAGUUUUUAUGGGGAUUCAAAGACCCUCUCCUCUCAAAGGUCAAAACCAUGAAGCCCGAAGUGGACGAAUAUUUUGGGCUUAUGUGGAAGAAAAAUGGCACCCAUGAAGGACAAUUUGUUUUCCACACUGGCGAGCAAAACUACAUGGAUUAUGGCAAGAUCGACACAUGGAACGGCCUGAGGCAGAUGUCUUGGUGGUCCUCCAACCAGAGCAACAUGAUCAAUGGCACGGAUGGCGCUGUCUUUCAUCCUCUCAUAAACAGGAACGAGCUGCUUUACAUCUUUGCUGCUGAUCUUUGCAGGUCUAUUCAUUUAGCCUUUGUGGAAGACGUGGAGGUUAAAGGCAUCACGGCGUACCGCUUUGCACCCCCCCGCGAUGUCCUCAUGAGCCCCUCGGAAAACCCUGUUAAUGAGGGUUUCUGUGUGCCGGCUGGAGACUGCCUUGGCACCGGGGUGCUUAAAGUCAGCGUUUGUCGUGACGGUGCUCCCAUCGUGGUGUCCUUCCCACACUUCUAUCAAGCAGAUCCUGCCUACAUCAACGCUGUAGAAGGGAUGAACCCAAACAAGGAAGAACAUGAGACGUAUCUCGACCUGCAACCGACCACUGGAGUUCCUAUCCGUGCCUGUAAGCGUGCCCAGCUCAAUAUCAUUUUGAAAAGAGUCCAAGGGUUCCCUAAAACCAGGUUCAUUAACCACACCAUUUUCCCCAUCAUGUUUGUCAAUGAGACGGCAACUAUUGACGAUGACUCAGCAGCCCAGAUGAGGAUGUUGCUCCUCAUCGUGAACAUUGUGUCAAACUUCCCAUUAUUCAUAGUGGGCAUGGGAAUCAUCCUCCUGAUGGUGCUCGUCGUCUUGUUCUGCAGAAACCGUCAGAAGAAGAAUGAAGUAAAACGUAUUGAUUUUACUGAGGCUUUUCAUUCUUUUGCUCCAACGAAAGACGACAUGGCCUACACUCAGGUCAGCGACAAACCAGAGCAGCCGACAGAAGCAUCCAGCAACAAGCCAGCCAGGAACGGUUCCUACAUUGCCAUGUCUCCAGUGGAGACCUAAAAGUGUUGGUGGAAGAUCUCUGCCCCAACGGUGGAGCUCAGGAAGGGGGCUGAGGGACCGGCACUGGGGUGUUACAUUACCACGGGCGGGGUUUUACUCACAUAGUGGGGCUCGUAUUCACAUAUUUUUUCGGGGGGUGGUGGCCCCAAGAGCCCAAUAUAUGUUUAGUCAACAUAGACAUUGUUCCUCUGAGCUCCUAAUGACUGUCUGUCCUCCUCUACUCUACCUGCUGAGCAUGGCCCCCCACUGCCUGCCGUACUGCAACACGACAAACUCUUUUACACCUUUACUCCUCAUAACCCUCCCGCUGGGUUCUUUGAAGAUGAAGGCCCUGUGCGUAGGCUGGGCCAGGAACCGCCUUUUCUUUUCCUAAUUUUAUUCCAAGGGAACACAGUAGCCUAGGUAUCGCCGCUUUUAAGGGCGCUCCGGAGCAGACUCUGCUGCAACAUUUCAGUUACUGUUUUUACUAGUUCAGCCAGAACAGCAGAGGUUGAACUCUUCCUCUUUCCCCUGCUAUGUGAGUGGGAACAUUUCAAGCCAACAGCUAAAAAGGCUCUGUAAACUCAAUCCUUUGGACGCUACUGUGACGGGCCUCGGUUUGGAGGAAGACUUGAGAUUUGCUUACAAACGUGACCUUAGCAUAUCCUUAUUCUGAAAUAUCUGAGCCAGACUAUAGCAGUUUUUCUUUAAUAAGUGAGUGCACACACCGAUGCUGCACUUUCAUUUGGCAGAGACAGGUGUUUGUGCACUUUCUACCUAAAAUCUAGUGUCCUGUUUUAAUGGGCAACUGUAAAUGUAGAUUUUGGCCCCGCCCUCUUCUCUUGUUUGACACCAUUACCCAUCCCCUCUUUAUAAAAUGAAGGUGACAGGACCUAGUCGGGCAAUGUAUGGAUUAGAAACAGUGGCCUGAUGAAGUUGAUAAACCUUCAGGCUCUAUUACAUCUAAAACAAGGAAAGAAAAAAACAAAAACAAAUGCAGAACUUACAAGGGAAACUCCAACCUGCUCUUUGCCUUAAAAUGGUCCAACCAUUUCUUUACAUUCAUGUAUUUUCUAAAUUAGCUGGAAAUCUUGUGACGUUAUUGUACCUGUGUUGGGGGGGGUGGGGAGCUUUUGAACACCUGACCAAAAUCCAGUGAGCAGACCUCUAUGGAGUGCAGAAAACUUUGUACACUGUUACUUUUUUUCAAAGAAAGCACAAUGUGGGCUACUGAAUCGCAGUCCUUGACUCAAGGGGACCUGGUUUCUGGUGCUCCUAGUAGUAUUAUGUGUACGUACAGUUUCAAUUUUCAAAACCACAGUUCAAUUCUGUGACUAUUACAAAGAGGAAAAAAGAGUUAGCACUGGCUGUGGAGGGAGUCUUAUACCUGUAACUGCAGUCCAUGAGGCAAGGGCAGCAAACAGCACUCGAUUCACUAGUCCUAUGUCUCCUCUGGUCAUCAGAGCCAUUGACGUUUCUCAAUAGGGAGUGAAUUUAAGGCCAUAACACUGUCGAGGUGGGAAAAAUCCUGCACUUUGUCUGCAUAUUGUGCCCCGUGUGUGUGUUUCUGUACUUUUUUUUAUGUUUUUCGUCUCAUUUUAAUUUAGGUGGUCCAUAUAUUCAUUACAUUUCAACUUUUGUUCUGGAUUAUUUCAAGGGGGGUUUCAUGGGAAAACAUCCCCACAGUACUUCUGCAUUACUUGCUUCUCAGCACACAGUGUCUUCUUUUGAUAUACUUGUGUAUAUUUUCAUUGCUGCUAAAGGAAUGGCUGUCACCAAUGGACUUUUUCCAAAUACAAUUUCGGGCUCAUAGUGGGGGUUGAUGCAGAUGCUUAUUUUUAAUGUCUUAAAUCUUAAAAGUUUUCUGACUUCACAACCCUUUUGUCAUCUGAGCACAAAAGUCCAAAGUGUGUGGUCAUUUAUUUUCUUAAAAAAGUAGCAGUUUUUGAUUCGUAGACACAAUUUGCUGAUGAUGUGACAGUAUCACAUGGGGUUAGUAAACAAAUAGGAACAACUGGCUACAUCAGUACCAUCUCUGGUGUCAGCGGUCUGAGCGGUAGGUUCAUAAAACCAGGUGGCAGGUGUAUUUUAAAAAAAACAUGUUUUCACUUCCUUGUGUCCAGUUAGAUGAGAAGCCUGAGAACCACUUUUGAAUGAAUGUGAAACUGGAGAUGGUCAGGUUGUCGUGAACCUUGUGAAAGCCAGCUAUUACUAGUUUUGUACAAAGGUAAUUGCGUCGUUCUAGUUGCUCCUGUAAAGCUGUAAUUAAAGUCUGUAAUAACUUGUUGACGAGCAGGCAACAGAGGAAGCUAGAGUUUCAGCUCGACCGUCGGUCAUGUUGUACGUUUGAUAUUUUUCUAGCAAUCUAGUGAUUUCAGUUGACGUUGACCGGAGCAUGUCUAACAUCAACCUUUUGCACCAAUAACAUAAUCCAUAGAUUGAUCCAUUAACGUGAUCAUUAUUAUUGUUGGCACAGUGUCGUCUAAGAUAAAGGAUUAUGUUAUUCAGCACAGAACACAGCUGUAAUCACUUCCAGUUUGAGCUGAUCUUCUCAUCUCUUUUCACCAGGAAGUGAAAACAAACACUAAAGGCCUUUUCAUUUCAACCUAUCGCUAAGAAACAUCUGCCUUACGUAAACUCACAGUACAUCACGAUUCACCUCUGAGGAAAUCUUUACUUGAACCUGAAAGACCUUAAUUCCCAGAUAGACCGUGCGCGUUGCUUGUUCAGCGUCUGUUCAAACACGAGCGCGCACCUGAGCCGUCACCAGUCUGACUUCUACUACACUGACCUUUUGCGUCCAGUCCCACAGACCCAGUGGCUCGUCCCUGCUUGACCAAAGAUAACCCACAUAGAUCUGCCCCAGUACAGUGUUUACUCUCCUCUGUGAUAAUGGCUGUGCCACAGAAACUACCGCCUACCUUCUCUUUUUCCAAAAAAAGUAAAACAAGUGUGCCACUAUGUAUCUGAAGUAUUUGCAACAGUGUUAAUUUAUGUGUGAACUUGUGUUAUGUGCCUUUUUACAUCAAGGCAAAAAACAAACAACAAAAAAACAGGUGGCAGGUGGAUUGGUAUUUCCUUUUUUUUUCACCAGUGCAAAAGCAAACAAUGAAUCGAUGCUCUCUGUGAGCAGGAGAAUAUCUCAGUUUAAAGCAAUACAUCCAAUACUGUGUACAUUUAAAUGAAAGAGUGGAUGUUUUGUAAAUGGUCACAUAUUUAUGUAUUUCUUGAAUUUGUGAAUUUUAUUUUGUAGAAUUUUUUUUUUUCUGUAGAGUGAUUUUUUUUUUUUAAUUAAGUUUAAGUGUUAGCGCAUUUCAGUUCUGGUCAUUUUAUUUUUCUUAACCCAAAAAUGUUAAACGGUGGUCCAGUAUUUCACAGCGGGGCCGGAGAGCAUUCUGUAAAAUGUCUAUGAGAGUGUAAAUGAACUAAUUUCGGCGCUUGUGUCGGACGAGUAUGAACAAUUGUAAUGAUACAAUUGUGUAUUUGUGGAGCCAAACGCACCAUUUCUGUCAAACUGGAGCGAUUUACUGGAAGGCUGAUUAUCUUUUGAUGCUGUUUGACCCUUCAUAUAGAUGAAUGAAGCCCUCCUUCAGGGAUGAGCACUUGUGCCAUACCUUCCUUUCAACUGAGGUCUGAAGAAUUAGCUCUUGUUCUGUUAGGUUUCACGGCGACUAACGGACAUGUCCUUAAAAAGAUGUACUAAUUUGUUUUGCUGCUGAAAGUGACAAUCCUGUUGUCAUGUUAGGUGCAAAAUGAUUUCAAAGUAAUCCAUUUUUAGUUUUGAUAAUUUACACUGCACAAAAGUUUCUACAGUGCUUUUGUAAACAUUUCUAGUGUAUUUGCAAAAAAUAAAGCUGCACUUGGUGCCAACGUCA